AUGACCUCGCCUCCUAUCGACAGGGUUCUCUACCAGGAAGACUACCGCAAGUACAAAAUAGUGCGGAAUGAGCUAACAACGUUUCUCGCGACGCAGCAGUUGGAUUUUAAUGAUCAGCAGCUAUUUCUUCUACUUUCUCACAACGUCCACUCUAAUGGUCUCAACUUAUAUCUGCCUCUAAUGGUGGCCAAGAUAUAUGAGCUUCCGGAAACAGGCGUUCAGUACCAAGUGAUUCUUCACUUUAAACACCAUAAACAAUUUCCCUCUAUACUUCAGUUACCAGAUGGACAAACUGAGGUAUCUACGAAUCUUCCAAUUGACGGAUCAUGCUACUGGAAUUUGGUAAUACCGCUGUCACAAUACAUCAUGGCCAAUGUCAGGCCCUCAGGUGACUAUUCUCACCUCACUGGGUCCCAAAAGCAGAAGAAAUUCAAUGGUGAAAAAGCCAAAAUUGCCGCCCAAGAAUACUUGAACACUGCCAACUCCUCUAAAUCGGCUGUAGCUAACAGAUACGGUGUCUCUCUUUCCACACUCAACGAUGCUAUCAAAAGAUUGAAGCGUCAGCGAGAGUUGAUAUCAAAUGAAAAUGCAGGGCAUUCCAUGGACUAUAGAUUAGCAACUGACCAAACGACACGCAAAAGGGUAGCCAGUGUUGCUCUUUUAAACGUACUAAACUCGCCUGUUUCCCCAUCCAAACGCUGCCGGCUUGUACCGCAGAUGAGUUUCAAAUAUAAUAUUCCAGAAAGAACACUUCGCGAUCGGCUCAAAACUCUCAACCCAAGCAUAUCCAAAGCCGCCGAAGGUCUUCGUCGCCGGAAACUUUCCCAAUCUGCCGAGCAAUUUCUCACUACAUUCUAUGCUAUUUGCAGUAUGCAAAAUGCACAAAUCACAGUUAAGCAAGCUGACGCAAUUUGUGAGCUAAUGGCUACAACUACAGAUUGUUCAGAUGUCAAACUAUUCAGUUCUACGCUUGACGAAAAUGGCAAAAUCAACCUGCCGCAGUUGCUUCGAGACCAAGAGACACAUCUAGGAAAGAACUUCGGUUGGAGAUUUCGCCAGCGCAACGGCUUUGCGUCUUCUAAAGCCAAACGCAUGGACUCGCGCAGACUAAGAGCAUCGGAUGUAAACAAUAUCGCAAUGUGGCUUAACGAAGAUGCUUUCAAAAUUUUGAAUUCUACGCCCGCGGAGCUGAUUUUCAAUGCGGAUGAAAUCGGCUUUGCGCAUACUCUAAACUCUGUCAACCAGCAUUCUCGGUAUGUUAGUCUGAACAAUCCCAACAAAAAUAAAAGGAAAGGUGUGGUUUACAAAGUGAAAGAAGCGGAAGCUGAUCCAAAAACUCUAACCACUGUUACGGCCUGCGUUUCCGCAGCAGGUGUAAUUGUCCCCCCAAUGGUAACUGCAGCUUCUUCUAUAGCUAAACACAAAACUGAAUGUCACAUAUUCAAUCCGCGAUUCGAAACUUUGGCGAGAUCGAAGCUAUAUCCUGGAGUGAGCGAAACUGUAAAUCUAUUAUUUACCUCCAAUGGAUGGAAUAACUCUAGGGCUUUUUUCGAGUAUGUCAAGUGGUUUGAUGCUCAAACGCUUCAUAUUGCAAAGGAGCAUAGUCACGAUGGAAGAUUGCGACAGAGAGUGUUGAUUGUGGAUAAUCACUAUUCACACUAUUGCCAAAACGUUCUAGAUUUUGUUGCAGAGAGGCGUAUCAUACUUUUACUACUUCCUCCUAAUACCACCCAUGUCCUCCAACCGUUAGAUGUUGGGGUUUUUAGUAAUUUGAAAAAGAAAGUUCGUGCAUUGGCCACUGAAUGGUGUCCUAGUCCUGCCUUGGGCCCAGAUGGAAAGGCUAGGUACGGACACUUUGAUAUCUUGUGCAACUUCAUGAACGCGCUGAACCAUACACUAACUCACGAUUUUGAGCAAACUACCAUAUCUCAAGCAUUCAAAACUGCUGGAAUCUUCCCGCCAGAAAAAACAUUAUUCAAUCCGGCUGUAAGAUCCGUGAUGAAACACUUUGACGCGCAUGCCAAGAUGAAGGAUAUAUUCCUCACAAAUAUUUUACCUGUGACUCAAGAUAGUAGACCAAGGGCUCGAACUAUCGCAGGGGCCACAAGAGAUGACAGUCCUCCAAGCCCAUUAGUUCCAUUGGUCAGCAAUGAAGCAUUUUUCAUUGGCGAGGAUGAAUUGGAAAGCUUGGAUUUUCUAUCAGUCAAUGCGGCAGAGAUUGCGAAUCAAGCAGCAAACGAAUCAGAAAGUGAACAAGGCAGCCAAGAAGCAGAAGAUCUCGAGGGUGUCAAAGAGGAGUCUUCUCCUGACAUAACUCUGACAAAUGACUUUGUAUCUAAAUUCACAUUCGAAGACGUAUUGAAGUUGGUCACUGAUCUUAUAGGCGGCGAAAAUGAUGGUGAAGAGCUAUCGCUGGUACCCAAACUGAUGGAAAGACUAGAUAAAUGUUCAGAAUUGGCUUUUGGAACAGGGUCACACUUAACUAUAACAAAAGAACUGUUCUUAGAGCAACAGGCAAAUGUCAUGGGGAUCGUAAUGUAUCUAAUCUACUUUGGCGCGUGCUUCUUAGGGUUACGUGAACAAAGCAAAAUAGAAGAAGCUUUGCAGAUUUACGAAACUGGAGCCGAAACAGCGAUGAGUUCCAAAGGCACAACAGGAGCCAGACUUACUUCCGACGUUUUAAGAGAUCUAUCAAAGAAGCAGUUUUUCAAAUUAUUUCCAAAAGUGUCAGGAAACAUGGAUCGCCAAUUAUCCAAAAAAAUAGCAACUCUUCAGAACACAUCGCAAGAUGCCCAAUCGAUGAGCGAGGAGCUGAUAAAUGAAUUAGGGUCUAGCGUUUGGGACUUUCUGCAAGGCAUGGUAAAGGAUGAGAACUCUGUGCUCUCGUUGCAAUCAGAGGAGCUAAAAAAGAAGGUGCUUUCCACAGCGCUCAACGCACCAGAGGCACUUGCUAAGGCCGCAACCGUGCGCAGCAUGUUUGAUCAUAAUGGGAAAUUACCAUUCAGCAAAAAACAUAUGCCUUUAGUAUCCAAAAUCGAAAGUAUUGGUGCAGUACCCGACGAGUUGUUAGAUCCUACGAUUUCCGAUCAGGAGUUCGAAUUGAGAUUAUCUGCCUUGCGGGAAGUGGCAACGGGCGCUCUGGAAGAGCUGGCCGCAAUCGAGGAUAGUUCCAACUCUUUGGAAGGCGAUACCAUGAUCGAGGACGAUCCUUUUGACACUGAUGACAAAAAUCAAAAGAUACUUCAGAACUGGUUUUUGGUUUAUCACAUUGAUAACGUCGUUGGGCGCAUCACGAAAAAUAGGGAGAACAUCAAUCUGAAGAAACAAAAUAAAAUUUAUGAACAGAAGAUAAACGCCCUGACGCAAGCGAUAUCAGAAAUGGCCAACAAUGUCCGUUCUUCUACAGACCAACUCUUUUAUGAGAUGCCGGACCCUUUUUUCGAUCUCAGAAUGGUAGAAGAUACUUUCAUAUAA